CUGGGAAGUCCUACUAAAGAGCUAUCUUCUGAAGGGCGCAAGCAGUGUCCCCAGAUCCAGAUAGUGGAAGACCACAAACAUAACCUAAGAACUAACCCUGACCGGGGUCUCCCAAAACAACAUUUGCUCGCAUCGUGCAAUCAUGUCGGAAGUAACGGGCGGACCGUACUACGACGGUUAAAAAUCCCCUUGGAUAAAUGCAUUGGCUGGAAAUCCUUUAUUUUCGGAGGUGGCAAAUCGACGUUCAUUGCAAAACCUGAGUAUAUAUAUCUUUCCCUGACAUCCCUCGAUGCUGACUAUAUUCCUAGCGGGAAGGGACUUACUCAAGGCAGAUGUUGGGACUGCGUGUACCAAACCUGGGCUAGAGAAGGCCAGCCGAAUCUUGCUUGCUGGUGCAAGGAUGAGUAUCCCUCUCAACGGGUGCACGAAAAAGAGUCAGGAGACAUGGGAGUCCAGAUGUUUUUCAAUCUAGAGCGACGCAUCAAAUGUGACGAAGCCAGGCCCCAUUGUUUGAAAUGCUCAUCAACGGGUCGCAAGUGCGAUGGAUAUGAGGCGCCAAGUCCUCCGCCUCCCCAGCGGAACACUUGUCUCCGCCUGCCAUACAUUCACCCUCAGACCCUGCAAUACUCGGGCAACACACGGGAAACUAGAUCGUUCCAGUUCUUCUACGAACGCACCGUGCCUUCGUUGGCGGGGCUUUGUGGGUCCGAAUUCUGGUCCAGGCUCGUGUUGCGGGUCAGUCAGCAUGAGACCGCCGUUUACCAUGCCUUGAUCGCAUUGGGCUCCUUGCACGAGAACUUUGAGAACGGCCACUGGCUGACUCAACGAGGGGUUGACACCUUCGCCGUGCAGCAAUAUGUGUCGGCUAUCAGGGCGCUCUUGGGAUCCUCGAACCCAUUGCCCCGCGGGAGCCCGGACCAGCCAGCGGGCUCCCCGCGGAGCUUAACGGUGGACGUCUGUUUGAUCUCGUGCAUUUUGUUUAUUUUCAUUGAAAUAAUGUCUGGCCACUACGGGUCGGCUGUCGGCCAUGUCCGAAACGGGAUCAAAAUUCUCAAGGACGUUUACGAGGACCCUCAUUCAGGAACUUAUCAUCACCCGUACUUAAAGCCAUCGACAGUCACUAGCUUGGAAAUGGACUACUUGCGGAAGACCCUCAACCGCCUCCAAGAUCAGGCUCUGACCUUGACGCGAACUGCCACGGACAAAGCUCUGAGGGAUGAUUCACAGGUAGUGGGAAGCCGUUAUGCGGAAGUCCCCGAAUGCUUUCUUUCCAUAUCAGAUGCCCAUGAAUGCUUUGAAUAUCAUGUGGGCCGAAUAUAUCGGGAGUACUCAGUGAUAGAGCACAGUAAAGCAGACACGGGGUUGGAACAGUAUACCAAUUUAAUGCAGCAAGCCGAAGUCCUCAUAAGCAAGUGGUCGACCGCCCUGCAUCGUUUCGAGGAAUCACGGGGUUCCCUGCUCACCUACAAGGACUCCAUCGGGCUGAAGAUCCUACGAAUCUAUCAGUGCUGGCGACUGGUAAUUUUAGAUGGAGGUAAGAGCGUAGUUACGGAUCUUCAGUCAUGGGAUAGGUACAACUCCACGUUUCAGCUGAUUGUCUCGUUGGCAGCGGCAGUGAUCAACAUGACCGACGCCGACACGCCCAUAUCCUCGACCUCUUCGGCGCCGUCUGAUACUUUCAACGAAGGUCAUAAGAGGCCUUCCUUUUCCCUGGACAUGGGGAUCAUAUGUCCCCUAUACGACGUGGCUACACUAUGUCGUGACCCUUCCAUCCGCCGGCAGGCCGUCGAGGUGCUGCGGUCCGCCUCUCGCCAGGAAGGUCUGCUAAAUAGUCACUUGUGCGCCAUCGUCGCGGAACGAGUGAUCGAGCUAGAAGAGGCAGCCGCCUUGCGGGGCGGAAUAGACGAUCAGAAGUGUCUUGUAUCUGUCGCAUCACAUCCGAUGGGUCCAGAUUUAAACAGUCAAACUGAGGUUUCCAGCCACCACAUCACGAGAUCGUCCGAGGUGCCUCAUGCUGCGCGUUUCCUCUAUGCUUACCCGAAUUUUGACCCUCUCUAUAAACAGGCCUUUCUGACCCUGGCUGUGGAUGAGGCUGGAGAGAGGCAUACUAAUAUCCCCUUACCAUCAGUGACUGCUAUGUUGGACAUGGAGUAG